AUGAGCCAAACGAGAAGCACCAGUAUACCCCAUCCAGACCAUCAAAAACCUGACGAAAUUCCAAAACGGCGCUCCAGAGUCACAAAAUACAGGAAUUUGGACAAUCAACCAACAAAACAGGAUGCUUACGCCAAACCACCAGGUCCUUUCCCAAAUAUAGAUCAAUCUUCUAAACAUAGACCCGUUAAGAAAGUUCCACCACUUCAUGUCAGGUCGGUAAAUGCAAAUCGACAUAGAUUUAUUAUUAACUGGAAAGAAGAUGAUAUUCUCAACAUAAAAGACGCGACUCCUUUUCCUUCUUCCAUUGAUCGUCUAUAUUUUGAUGGUAAAAGAAUUCGACCUUACUAA